UUUUCCAGGGUCUUUGGAUGAACUGUGCUGGCAACGCACUGGGGGCUUUUCACUGCAGACCUCACCUCACUAUCUUCAAAGUAGAAGGUUACAUCCAAGCCUGCAGAGGACUGAUGAUCUCCGCCGUCUGCCUGGGCUUCUUUGGUGCCGUUUUUGGACUGGUUGGGAUGAAGUGCACAAAAGUCGGAGGCUCCGAUCAGACUAAAGCAAAAAUAGCUUGUUUAGCUGGACUGAUUUUCAUACUCUCUGGGUUGUGCUCUAUGACUAGUUGUUCCCUGUAUGCAAACAGGAUUACGUCUGAGUUCUUUGAUCCUUCUUUUGUUGCACAAAAGUAUGAAUUAGGAGCAGCUUUGUUCAUUGGAUGGGCUGGAGCUUCACUCUGCAUAAUUGGUGGCAGUAUAUUCUGCUUCUCAAUAGCUGAAAACAGUAAUUCUCCAAGGAGGGGUUAUGCAUAUAAUGGAGCCGCAUCUGUGAUGUCUUCUCGUACAAAGGUCCACAACAGUGUCCCAGACAAAACCCCACCAAAGCACUUUGACAAGAACGCUUAUGUUUAACUGUACUGUUGGAAGAGUCAAAGCGUUUUAAAAAUGAGUUUGUACGUUUCCUGCAGAGUGAUUUCCCACCCCCCAGCCCCAAAUGUAAUUACAACUAAGACAAUGACUUUUUAAAACAUUAACUUGCAGCUUUUUACAUAUUGAUGUAAAUUUUAUUAUAUAAUAUUUUAAGAUUGAUGUUGGUAUUGUAAAGUUUAUACCUGGAAAUCAUGAGCUGAUGUUGCUUUCUUGGAAAAAAAAAUAAAUGGGUUAUUUAC